ACCAUUUAGCCAGCCAUGCUGAUCCUGACCUGUGCCACCAAGCUGCAGUUGCUAGAGCGUGUGCUGCAAAAAAGCCUGCCUCAGACACUUCCGGUUUGUGGGGCAGUGAUGCACAUCAACCGUGGAAACCCAGCACAGCACGAAGUGGUGGUAGAUUCAUGGCCUAAGUUUAAAGCUGUCCUCACUCGGCCACGUACGGAGGUAGUGAAAGACAGAGGGGAUUACUACGCUAAUGUGCAUGCUGCCUUUUACUGGGAUAUAGAUGCCUGUCAAUCCCUGCUGGAAAACCCAGAAGCUAUUGACUGGGGCAGAGCUUUUCAGUUGCAAGGUCUUCAAGAAGAGUUGUAUAACGUUUCUAAAAGUAUUGCAGAGGCUAGACGUGUCGAACUGAAGCCCAAUUUCUAUCAAGUAAUACUGAGUCCAGACCCAUCCACCUGCUGUCCAAGCCAGUUCAAGAGUGACCUCUUCCAUUUUGGCACCCUCAACUCAUCUCAUGCAGUUCUGAUCAAUGAAACCUGGAGCCUUGGGGGCAAUGAUCGAAGCUUGCGCUACCUGAAUGACCUAAUCUGCAAAUUCCCUAGUGCUUGCCUCUUAGACAAGGAAGGCCAGCUGGCUUCCUGGACUCUUAGCAAUCCACUUGCAUGCCUGACUCAUUCUUACACCCUUCCCCAGUAUCGAGGACACCAUUGUUAUGCAGUUGUGGCAUUGACAGCUGCCAGGAAACUGCAUGCCAAGGGGUUUCCUGCCUAUGGUGCGAUUCUACCUGACAACAAAGCUGCCAAGCAAGGACUAAUGAAAUAUGAAGGUGCCCAUGCCUUACCAUUUACAAAGUAUACCCUUUUCUUCACACCGGGAUGCAAAAGCCCCCCAAAUUGGAGGAAAUAA